UGAAUGAAAUGGAGGAAUGUGUCUCGGCGUCCCAGCUGGCUCCUGGUAGCAAGAUUUGCUUUAAAUUGUACAAGAUCAGCACGAAACACAAGCGUAUGUGCGCCGCCCUGGAGGACAGGGUUGUCAUCAAGGGCGCUGAGAAAGAGGUUCAGCUGGAUUACGGAUGUUUCAAAAUCGGUUCCGGAGACGAGAACGAGGAUGAGCAGGUGCCCGUUGGCAUGGAAACAGAGGAGGCGGCAACAAAGGCUGAGAUGUUCCGAGCUCUCUCUGAUCAGCAAUAUCUGAGUAAUGGGGGUGAGGAAACGACCUCUACCGGAGAUGACACACUGCGUUUUAAAAAUUGAUUUUGCAGUGUUAAAAUAAAGUUCUAGUCAAAAUGUGAAAAGCUGGUCGAGACAUUCCAAUUUUAAAUGCUUCUUGCCAUUUGUUGAUUACAAAUUGUCAGCCAUCUGUUUGCCUAUCGAUAAAAACACCCUCUUUUGGUAUUAAAAUACUUCUUUAUAAAAUAUCUUUACAAAAUACAGUCAUGUGGAUACCUUUGUUAACAGCCCGAAAAUGUAACCUGCUAUUUGCUCAUUGAAGAAUGCUCCAUGCUAUUUGCCGAUGGCCUGUUUGCUUAUUUUUAAUUGCUAAUACUUAUAGUCAAAAUGCCAUUUUCUGUUCUUUUAAAUUUGAAAAGCUUGUAAAGAAGAUUUAACAACCUUAAACAAAUCUUUUUCUCCAGAAAUAAGCGAAAACUCUCCAAGAUAUAAGUUAAAUAUCAGAAUCAAGUAUGCUUUUUAAUGAACAAAGAAGAAAAUAGCAAAUGGCAAAUGGAAACACGAGACCACACAUUUGUGUAACAUCAGAUACUGAUAAUGUUGUAAUAACUUGUCUCACAAUCGUUGUAAAAUUAAAAAGUUAAAACAUAACUUAAUAGAAACUAUUAAAACAUUCUCCGAUUAGCAAAUAUCAAUUGGCAAUUUAAAAUAUAGCAUGUCAUAACCGGAUUGUCAAAUCCAUGUUUUUAUUUUUAAAACAAUUAUAAUCAUAAAACAAGACAAUGGAGCGAUGCUUAACGUUACCAAUAUGACUGUAUCAUAAUGUAAAACAUACAAUUGAUUUGGAAAUGAACAUUCAACAUCAUAAUGACCAUUUUAUAAUAUCAUGAUAUCUGGCGGCAAUAUAUAACAUUUUGUUUCAAUCCCGAACAUGAAUGUUAAAUCAUUAUCAAUGAUAUAGUUUUUUUCCUUCCAUUUUGCAACAUCAUAACUUGUCAAAUAAAACAUCGCAUAUUCUUCCA